UUACAGCGUUCAAGAACCCCAAAGAGCACCAUAUACUUCAAUGCAUCAGCCUGGGAUGUAUCAGCAGGCUGUGCUCCCACCCACAAUGCACCAGUCAUCCACACACCAACCUGGUACAAGCAAGGCAACAAAGAGCCAUGUGGUUGCUGCUUCACCAAGACAGAGGCCUGAUCCUUCACAUAGUCACACAGGCAGCUUAAGGGGAAGUGCCCCAUCUCCAUUCAGAAUGCCAUCUACAUCACUGAUGCCUCAAAGGCAGUCACAGCCUGGCACUGCAGCUUGGGAGAUGAGGAAUCCAGAGAGUGCAGGAAACUCUGUGGAUAAAUCUAUGAAGAUGUUGACUGUGUCCAUUGAAGAGCUCAGGUACUGGACAUCAUCCAGAGACAUCCAAGGACUACUCUUUUUUGAACUGUUUGGCAUCCUAAACUCGGCAGUGUGUUCCAAUGAAACAGGACUGGCAAAGAAAUUCACAUUGAAAGAUGGCAAUCAUACCCUUCUGUGUAUCUUCUAUGAAACAGACCGUCCACUAGGAUCUCUAACCAGAGGCCAAUGCCUUCGUAGUGUUGGGAACAUACUGCCCAAAGAGGGCAUCUUUCGGUGCGUGUCUGUCCGUCCUGCAACACUCCCUGAACAGAAGAUUAUGAGAAGUGCUGUGGCUGCCUGCGACAGGGGAGUCAGACAGAGACUAUCUGCCACAGGUGUAGAGCCAUAAAUGGUUCAUUAAAAUCUUAUAAAACCUUUUACAUAAUCACUU